AUGCGACAAACUUUAUGUUUUUGCUACUUACUAUUCCAAAUGCUACUUAUGGUUGCUGCCGACACCGGGCCAGUGACUGUUAGUCGACCAUAUACCGACUUACCAGAACCAUCAUCUACUUAUCCACCUCUGUGGAAUGGUGAUAGUAUUUGUGAUUCUCCUUUUGGUGCUCUAUCCAAAGCAAACAACCAACCAGAACUAAAGAUAUUUGAAUUCAAAUCCAUUAAAUGGAUCGAAGAUAACUUCUACGAAGUAAUGAUUGAAUUCGAAAUUGACGGUAAUUCAUAUACCGAAUCUGAAUUGAGAGCAAUAUAUAUCUUCUCCUUACAAACCCCAGAUUAUUAUCUUGGAAGUGUCGAACUUUUCGUUGAAUCGUGGGAACAAAACCUUCUUGGUGAUUCACCCUUCCACUUUUAUUUUACCUGGGUAAUGGAAGCUGAAGAUAUCGAUCAACUCACGUGUACGACCCCAUUCCAAGUUUACUAUGAUUGGGAUACAUAUUUUGCCACUUAUCAACAUGGUUGUUUCUCCGAUGAGUUAACUGAUCUCCCAGCUCAAUGUUGGGAUAAGCCUAACUUUGCUGAAACUAGUUCCCAACAGAACCUUGAAACUAGCUCGCAACAAAAUCUUGAAGCUAGCACAGAAUCCUUUGAAACAACACAAUCACAAGGUACAAGUAAUGUAGUUGCCACCCCUAGCACCAUUGAACCUACAAGAACAGACUUGCCUGUAUUACCAUCACCAAUAGAUUGUCCAAGCCUGUGGACCAGCAAUAGUGUUUGUGCUUACGAUGUUGGAGAACACGCAAGAAAUGCAAAUUAUCCAGAAGUGCAAAUAUUUGAAUUUAAAUCUAUACAAUAUUUGACUGGAAAUUUGUAUCAAGUUCUUUUUGAAUUCAAAGUUGAUGGUAGUGUAUACCCGAAAGACCAUUUGAAACAUAUAUAUGUGGGAAACCUUCAUAUGCCAGGUGGUUACAGUUUUGGUGAUUACCUCUAUAAUCCACAACAAGAUGAUGGUAUCGAUCUUGUUGGAGACUCACCUUUCCACUUCUACUAUUCCUGGGUAAUGGAAAUGCAACAGAUCAACGAGUUUACAUGUACCACACCAUUUGAGAUUUCAUAUCUUUGGCAAGAAGUAGGAGCUACAUAUGCACAUGGAUGUGAUGUAUUCGAUGGAGUUGGUGACUUACCACUUUUGUGUUGGGAAGAGGUCUGUGAGCCGCUUGCCCAAACCACCACUGAAGAAGAAGACGUUCUGACAUCGGCAAAACCUGAAUCUAGUACCGUAUAUCAGGAACCAACACCCUCAACUAUUAAUCCACCACGUACAAACUUACCGUCAAUGCCAGACCCAACAGCCUGCCCCACGCUGUGGAAUGGUAACAGUGUCUGUGAUAUCCCUAUUGGUGCACACGCUCUCUCAGAAUCCACUUACCCAAAGGUUAAGACUUUCAACUUUGAAUCUAUUAAAUUUAUCCAAGAUGAUUUAUAUGAAGUUACACUUGAAUUUGAGAUUGAAGAUACCAUUCCAAAAAGUGAAUUGCAUGCUGUUUUUGCUUACUACUUGCAAACACCUGACGAUUAUUUGAGUAGUAUUCAACUUGAUGCGUAUGUCGGAAACUCACCUUACCACUUCUACUUAGUCUGGAUUAUGAAGACACAAAACAUUGAUCAGUAUAUCUGUACCACUCCAUUUACAAUUGAAUAUAAUUGGAAUGGAAUUCCAUUUUCCUAUACACAUGGAUGUCUUCCAGAUGAUUUCGGCGAUUUACAUGACUCCCCACUUCAAUGUUGGAAGAACGUUUGUGAUAUACAUGAACAAACAACCACCGAACAAGAAUCAAAUGCAUACACAGAACUGCCUACCAGCCAAACUCAAGAGGAAACCACCAUUAGCACAACAAAUGAAACAACUAUUGCCACAACUAGUAACCCACAGGACGAAACUACUAUUGCCACAACUAGUAACCCACAAGACGAAACUACUAUUGUUGCAUCUAGUAACACACAAGACGAAACUACGCUUGCCACAACUAGCAACACACAAUAUGAAACCUCCAGUGAAACAACAGAUGAAACUACUAGCAAAAUGACAUCAGUAUCAUCCACAGAAAAACAAGAAGUAACCAGUACAAAAGUACGCUACUGCCGAGCCCCAAGGAGGAAGCACUAG